UUAACUUCCCACCGGAAACGUAGUGCGCCGUCUACAAUCGACAGCGUUUGUGUGGGAAACCUACGCGAAGUUCGAAGGUCUAUUUUGUAAAUUAGCCGAGUUCACAAGAUUUCAGGAUCUGAUUUAAAGAGUUUAUAGAUUCCAUCACUGCAGCAAUGAUGCGCCGUCCAGGUCUUGGUCCUUCUCCUGUUCCAGUUCCACCAGGGAAAGUCAGCAAUGUGACAAACUCAAAUGAUCCAGCUGCUAAGGAGUCCCGUGUUUUUGUAGGCAACCUUAACACUUUUGUAUUGUCCAAAGAAGAUGUAGAUGCUAUUUUCCAUCGGUAUGGUGUUGUGACAGGUAUCUCCAUGCACAAAGGAUAUGCAUUUGUGCAGUUCAAUCACCCUGCAGAAGCUCGGAGGGCUGUUGCCUUUGAAAAUGGCCAGCUGUAUGCCGGGCAGCCACUUGAUCUAAAUAUUGUUUCUGAGCCAAAACAGAGGCCUGCACAGAAGCGGCAAAUGGGAGCAGGAAAUGACAGGCGGCCUCCAGUCAGAUCCAGUCCUUCUAUGCCCCCAUUGAAAAAGCCUCGACAAGAGUCUGUCAAUCCUUCCUUACAGCGUACUUUGGUCACCCUGUCCAGUAACACACGGCCUAGCAACCGUCGCCCUGCUCAGUCUGCUGUGAGACAGACUGCUGCCGCUGCUGUUAAGCGGGCCACUGCUACUGUCACCAAAGCUGCAGCAGUUGCAGCAGCAAACUCGACCCCAGUUACGAAUGCAACACAAAAUGCUGUCACUCCUAAGGCUGUUUGCACUAACACAACUGAUAUCCUGAUCUGUGGGGUGUGCAAGAUGCAGUUUACUAGUCUUCACAGUCUUGCACAGCACAAGAAAGUUCCGUGUCGACUAAGAGUGUCCAGCCAAGCCCAGACCAACAGUCCCACAUCAAAUGCUGAGGAGCCUGGUCAGCUAGACUGUUCUUCCUGUGAUGCACGGUUUGAUAGCGCAUGGGCUUUGUGUCAGCAUUGCCAAACAGAACACAAAAUGAGCAUUUUUAAGUCUGAGGAGAGUGCAGCAGGGUCAGGUGAAGAAAUUUCUGGGAAUGCUUCUAUAGCUCAGGGAUCUGAAACAACAGAAGAUAAAUCUCAAGAAGUGAAGGAAGAUAGUGGGGAAGAAAAGAUAAGCACCAUUGAUGCUGCCAAUAAAACUCCCACCAAGAAGCAGUAACCCCAUGCCAGUGAGUGUCCGUGCUGUGCUUUCACUGGUACCAGACGCAGAGUUGGUCAAGUUUAAAGAGAGUGAAAGUACAAGAACAGGCAGCUACCACAGUCAUGGCAUUGCUAUACAUUAUGGAGACUUCUGAAUGCGAUUUAAAUAUCUGUGUAAAAAUAGUUCUCUCAGAGUGUUCUUGUUGCAUUAAGUCCAUGUUUUGGGAUGCAUGCCUUCUAGAAAAGGUCAUUGUUUUGUGUACAGCUGUGUUUGUCUGAUGGUGUGUUACCAUGUUGUAUUUGUGGCCUUUCAUGAUCUACUUUGUAAGGUUCAUUGCACAUUGUUGCCUGAAAUGUUGAUUCAGGUAUCUUAGUGUAUGCAUUUGUUUCAUUAAUUAGGUCUUUUACUGCAUUUUUAACGUCUCAUUUUAGUUCAGCCCACACUCUGUGUCCCAAUUCAUUCUCUACAAUAACCAACACAUCAUCAAGUUUAAUUAUGAGCAUGCUAUUAACUGUUGGGGAAGGACUUUCACAUUUCUUGUCCCUUCUGUCAUAUAGUUUUAUCGUUGUGAUUUUAAAGGCUAAAUGUCAGACUGCUUGCGAAUUCAUUUACAGCUGCAUAAUUGUCUACAGCAAAAGAACCCUUUUUUUUUUUAAAUUUAUAUAUACAUUUGUGCAAACUUAAGCUCUUGUUGCCAGGACAAGUUAUUUUUGUUUAGUAAAGUAUCAACUUCAAUUUCAUAUGACCUUGUUACAGUGAAGACUGGCCUGAGUGGGUUUUACUAAUGACUUUUUUUUUGAAGGAUCCGCACCAUGCUUGCAGAUGGCUGCUAUGUCCUUUGAUUUAGGCUGCAUCAGUAUUUUUCCUGAAUUUUCUUACUUCUUAAGGUAUCAUUGUAAAAUUUUAAAACAACAUAGGUCUGUAUUUAAGUGGUAUUAGAAGUGAUUAAAUAUACAUAUAUGAUUUAAGGUUAUAGUGUGUCAGAACUUGUUGCAACAUGACCAUUAGAUUUUUGCAGACUUGUUUCUUAGGGUGCAAAAACUACUUUGAAUUGACACAUUUUGGUUCAUUGUGAGUUAGUAAUUCUAAUCUUUCCAAAUCUGUAACUUCACAAGAUUUUGGAAAGAGGUCAGAACCAUGUUUUCCAGAACAGCAUAGCAAAAGUAGGCAAGCUGUUGGCCGUUGUGUCAUGUUGCCAUGCAGUCUUCAAUGUUGAAUCAGCAUGUCAUGAUCAAGUCUAUUACAAAAUGCUAAUUCCCAAGUUAUGAGCAAAUGACCCCCUUUCAGCUAAUGAAUUAUAUAGCUUUCGACAUCAAGAGGUCAAUUCGAAGACCUCAUUAUUGAUUGGAUAUCCCCUAAUUCUCCAGAGCCACCACCAGUGGGGGGCAGAAACUAUAUAUAAUAAGACUUAUCUAUGUCCCAACAUCUAAGAUUAGGCAGGUGAGGGGUUUAUCUUCAGGUCAUCUGUAAGAAAUUGUGAUGCAAAUAGGUAUUUAAAAGCAUUUGUGCUUGCUGGUAUAUAAUUCGAUUGAAAAAUAAUGUUUUUCAAUAAAACAUGAUUUUCUAUCUUUAAGAAGAUGACUGGAAGGAAUUAAUAUUAACAUUUUGUUUUAAUAUUUUUAAUGAGAAAAUAGUUUACAAAAAAAAAAUGCAGUUUUGGGCAUGUUUCAUGCUGUAAUCUUGUAAGAGAGGCUUGGGAAGUUUUAUAUUCAUUAGACUUAAAAUAUGGGAAGUGGAUUAAAAGGAGAGUUGUAAUUCAUUCUUUAUUAGUGUUUUUACAAUAGAGGGUCAGCAUGUGCUUGAUAUUGGAUUUUUUAAUAUGAUAGAAUACAGAAAGAUAAGCUGUACAUAAAAAAUUUUGAUGUAAUAGACCUGAUGAUUUUAUUAUUGAUGUGUGUGUAUAUAUCCUGCACUUUCCAGGAUUUUUUUUUUUUUUCUGCAUGUAACAUGAGGAUAAAAUUCUAUUGUUGGGACUUCAAAUUUGUCCCCCAGAAUCAACAAGUCUUGCUAGUGAAAUUCUAACAAUUAUGAUUUUAUUUAGAAAUUAUAAUGUAACCAUUUUUAUCAAAAGUGCAAGCAUACUAAAAAUUCUGCAUAAAAUAUAUUUCAGAAGAAAGCGCAUUAUACUGCAAAUAUUAGAUAAAAACUUUCCAUUGAUUUUCAUGAGAAAUGUUGAUCAUUUUGCUUCUUGGUUUAUAUCCAGAUUGGUAUUGUUUUCUGAAAGUUGGAGUUACAGUUUCGUUAAAUACUUUUUGGGGUUUGUUUUUGAAUCAAAGAAAAUAAAAAGAUAAGUCUUCAAAGAAUGUGUUUUUCCAUUUUUUGAUAGUUACCUUUUAACCUGCCUUUUCAAGGCCUUUUAUGUUAGAUGUCUAUGUGAGUGCUGUCUUAUUAAAGACCUGAUAGACAGCACCUGACCUAAGCAAGAAGUAGGUUUGUUAGUUUUUCUUGCUUUUUUCCCCCCUGCCCCUUCCCCAACCAAAUUUUUAAAUUGUAAGUUAUACAUUGGCAAUUGUUUAAGCCUAUGCAACUAAUGUCUGACUGCUGAUUAAUGAACUAAGUGCUCUAAAUGUGCAGUUCUCUUUAUUCUAAUUGUUUAUCUUUGUUAAACCAUGAACUCAGGACAUAAGGCAGCUUUUUUUCCCCACUAAAUUUGUGUUCCAAAUGGUGCUCAUUGGUGAUGGGCCUUUUUUCUUUCUGUCUUUCUUUUUUUAAAACCAUUGUAAAUUGUCAUUUUUCUCUUAAUGUUUUUUGAAAUUUUGUUUUCCAACCACUUAAACAUCUAAAUUGGAAAAUUCAUCAGAACAUUUUCAGAGCAAAUACCUUUUCCAUACCAAAGAAAUAACCUAAAUAGUUUCAUGUAUUAAUGGUUCUUGGACAGGUCUCAGAUUAUGCUGCUUUAUCUGUUUAAAAGGGUUUGAAUGCUAGUGUGAGAACUUUUUCCCUUUGUUUUGUGUUUUUUGUUUUGUUUUUUAAACGGGUCAGUUUUAUCUGAUAACGUGGUAUUAGUACAGAACAAAUGAAUUUUACGGUUGUGUGACUUGGAGUGAUGUAUAAAACACAGUUUCCUGCAUUUAGUGAUUUGGAGACAUCAGAACAGAAAUAAAUUUUGGUCUGUUUAAAUAAAAAAACAGUACCUUCA